AUGUCGAAUAGGCGCUUGUCAGAACCGGAGGAUCCCUUCUCGCUCCCGGAUCGGCUUUCCGACGUCCUCAGCCCUCGCUCUUCCUCCAGCCGGCCUGCCAAUGACGCCUCUACAAAACAACACAGCCAUGAGUACACUCACGAAGAGGCUAUCGAAGACGGCCCCGAUGCCACCACGCGGCUAUUAGGAAACUACGAGCGAAGGGGGUCAGUGUGCGGGCAACGGGAGUGUAAUCAUGGAACAUUCUCACCUCGCCCAGAACACUAUGACCCUGGUUUGCAAGGUGACGUCUUUUCCUGGGGUGUCAGGUCCCCGCGCUUCAUAAGCUCUGGUAUCCAGACGCCAACAACAGAUGGCACAUCCAACACCCCCAUGCUGACCGCCCAAAUCGGAGCGAAACGCCGACGGAGAAUGUAUUUGUAUUACUAUAUUCCGUUUCUCAAUUGGGUCGCCCAAUACCGGUGGGAUUUCUUCCGAGGCGAUCUCAUAGCUGCAUUAACGAUAGCCUCAUUCUAUAUUCCGAUGGCUUUGUCACUAUCGUCAAAUCUUGCUCAUGCCCCUCCAAUAAACGGCCUAUACUCAUUCGUUGUGAACCCGCUCAUAUAUGCGAUCCUGGGUAGCAGCCCCCAGUUAAUUGUUGGGCCCGAGGCGGCUGGGUCACUUCUUGUUGGAACGGUUGUGAAAGCGACAGUUGAAUCCGGCCAUUCCGAUGAAUCGGACGAUAUUAUGCAUGCCCAGGUGGUCGGCACUGUAACUGGGUUGGCGGGUGCUUUCAUUUUCAUUGCAGGACUAACUCGCCUCGGUUUUCUUGAUAAUGUCCUAAGUCGGCCUUUCCUGCGAGGUUUUAUCACUGCUGUUGGCGUCGUGAUUUUCGUUGACCAGCUGAUCCCUGAAAUGGGAUUGUUUGAGAAGGCUAAAACUGUUAAUCAUUCCAGCACUGUGGAGAAAUUCUUAUUUAUCAUUGAAAACGGCCAGUAUGCUCACAAGUUGACGACCAUUGUCGCGUUCUCAAGCUUUGGCAUCAUAAUGGUUUUUAGAACGCUGAAAAAGACUCUCGAGAAACGAUUCCCUCAAGUCGUUUACUUCCCGGAUCGUUUACUGGUCGUCGUUCUAUCGGCCGUUCUCACAUGGUAUUUUGGUUGGGAUAAGCAGGGUCUCGAAAUUCUUGGAGCAGUAAAACCUGGUGAAGGUAGUGAGACUGGUCUAUUCCAGUUUAGAUGGCCUUUCCAUCCGCGUCAAAUGCAGCAUAUUAGAUCUUCCCUUGGUACUUCGUUCGUAAUUGCUCUGCUAGGCUUUUUCGAAUCUUCCGUUGCUGCGAAGGGGUUGGGCGAUGGUGCUCGGGAUGGCAUCAAAGGUGCCCCGGUAUCAGCCAACCGUGAGAUGAUAGCAUUAGGCGUUGCCAAUAUCGCAGGAGGUUGCUUCAUGGCCCUUCCGGCUUUUGGGGGCUAUGGGAGAAGCAAAGUCAACGCUUCUACCGGAGGACGAACACAGAUGAGCAGCAUUUUCCUGAGCAUCAUCACUUUUAUAGUGGUUGUAUUCUUUCUAAAAUAUCUAUACUACCUUCCAAAAGCUGUACUUUGUGCAAUGAUAUCAGUGGUCGCGUACUCCUUGGUUGAGGAAUGCCCCCACGACCUGAGGUUUUUCAUUCGCGUUCGAGGAUGGUCCGAGCUGGCAUUGAUGAUUCUGAUCUUUCUUUCGACGAUAUUCUACUCUCUUACCCUAGGCAUAGCCCUAGGCUGUGGUCUGUCACUCUUGCGUGUUAUUCGACAUGCGACUAAACCGCGUAUACAAAUUCUCGGAAAGCUGCCAGGAACACCAAAUCAGUUCGAGAAUGCUGAGCUAUAUCCUGAGAAAGUCGAGUUCAUCGAAGGAUGUCUGAUCGUCAAAAUACCCGAACCACUGACAUUCGCAAACACUGGUGAUCUGAAGAAUCGCCUUCGCCGGUUAGAACUCUACGGAACAAACCGUGCCCAUCCCGCUCUUCCUAGAGUCAGACCGGCGGAAAAUGACAAGAACAUUAUUUUUGAUGUUCACGGCGUUACGAGUAUUGAUGCUUCCGGAACGCAAGUAUUGCUAGAAAUCGUUGAAAGUUAUGUAGACCGCCGAGUACGAGUCUUUUUCUGUCGUUUGCCUUCCCUCAACGGUUCCGUUUUUGAGCUUUUCGAGCGCAGUGGUAUAGUUGAGAAAUGUGGGGGGACUAGACAUUUUGUCUCGAGCGUGGAUGAAGCUUUGCGACUGACCGAGAUUGAGGACGUUGUUGAGGAGUAUCAAGAGAGUCACGCAGCGGACCAAGUACCUUGA